CCUGUUGAAGUUGCGGCGUUGGUCCACGGCGUCGUGAAAAACCUCGACAAGACGCGGUUUGCUUUUUCUGCCCUCAGCGUGCACGGACACGACCGGCAUGUGAUGUCACGGGAGUGGGCGACCGAUGAGAGGUGAGGUCUGUGCUACAGUACGUGGACACGCACACGCACACGCACACAAGCUUUGCUCCAUUCCACUUCCUGUCCGCAGUCCGGUUCCUAUCCACAUCUAUUCCACUUCCUGUCUACUUCCUGAACCACAUCCAUUGUACCUCCAUUCCACCUUGAAUUUUCCAGGCCACAAAGUCCGCUUCCGCUCCACUGAUACCACUUCCUGUUGACAAGAGUCCGCUUCCAUCUCGCGGUUCGCAAGUUCCACUUCCCGUCCACCAGAGUCCACUUCUGCCGACAUGUUGUUGCAUCCAUCGUAGCUCCAAUUGCAGUUCACCUCCUGUCCACCAGAGUCCACUUCCCGUCCAUUUCCUCCACGCUGUCGAUAUUGAGCGACAUUUCUUGCAGCGGGCCGCGGCGUCCCAGGAGACGGCGGCCAAUGAGAGGCCCGGACGUUGCUAGUAUUCAAAUGAGGCGCCCAUAUACGGAGGGGAGGGCACGCCCCCUUCGCGUCCCGCGGGAGAUCCGAGCGUCCUGCCGGCCGGCCGGGAGAAGAAGACGAAGACGGAGGAGAAGAAGCUUUCCUCCGGGAGGGGGGGCAAUCUGCCUCGCCCCCCUCGCUCACCCACAACACCGCCCCCUCCCCGCUCCCCGCUCCCCGCUCCCCCCUUCCUCCUCCUCCUCCUCCUCCUCGUGGCGUCGUGGACCUCCUUUUGAAGGCGAGUGUUGUUCUAUCAAAGCUUGUUUCUCUCUUUUCUUGGACUUUUUCCUGUGGCCGCCGGUCGCCUUCAUCCAGACUCUCCCGUCUUGACUGGCGCCCGCCGCCCCCCGCUGCACCUUCGCACCCCCUUUGGGAUGCCCCCCCGCUCCGCUCUUCCCGGCGCAGAGUGCUGACGCUCUCCAAGAUCUCCAUCAUCGCUCCGGAGGGAUCGCACCUUCCGGACUCUCGUGCGGAUCAGGACCCCCUCGUUUUGGGAAAGUCCCUCCCGUGCGCCCCCCGUCCGGGAGCUUGACGGAUUACUCUUCCUCCUCCUCUUCAUCGUUGCGGCAGCGCCGCUGCGCGAUGUUCUCCGUCCAGGACGGCCUCCCGCGGGGGGGUCUCACCAUGAAGGAGGAGCCACUCCCCGGCGGCAUGACCCCCGUGCGCUCCUGGAUGGCCGGCGGCGGGAUCCUGGACGCCAACACUGCCGCGCAGAGCGGCGUGGCUUUGGCCCGCGCUCACUUCGAGAAGCAGCCGCCGUCCAACCUGCGCAAGUCCAACUUCUUCCACUUCGUGCUGGCGCUUUACGACCGCCAAGGGCAGCCCGUCGAGAUCGAGCGGACGUCCUACCUGGACUUUGUCGAGAAGGACAAGGAGUACAACGGCGAGAAGACCAACAACGGGAUCCAUUACAGGUUACAACUUCUGUACAGCAACGGCAUCAGGACGGAGCAAGAUCUUUACGUGCGCCUCGUCGACUCCAUGACCAAGCAGGCCAUCCUGUACGAGGGGCAAGACAAGAACCCGGAAAUGUGCCGCGUUCUGCUCACACACGAGAUCAUGUGCAGUCGCUGUUGUGACAAAAAAAGUUGUGGAAAUCGAAACGAGACGCCCUCUGACCCGGUCAUCAUUGACAGGUUCUUCCUCAAGUUCUUCCUCAAGUGCAAUCAGAACUGUUUGAAGAACGCGGGCAACCCCAGAGACAUGAGGCGCUUCCAGGUGGUGGUGUCGACCACGGUGAACGUGGACGGUCACGUGCUGUCCGUCUCCGACAACAUGUUUGUCCACAACAACUCCAAACAUGGCCGCCGCGCACGCCGCCUGGACCCGUCCGAAGCAGCCACGCCGUGCAUCAAAGCGAUCAGCCCCAGCGAAGGUUGGACCACCGGCGGCGCCACCGUCAUCCUCAUCGGAGACAACUUCUUCGACGGCCUCCAGGUGGUCUUCGGGACCAUGCUGGUGUGGAGCGAGCUCAUCACGCCACACGCCAUCCGCGUCCAGACGCCUCCUCGCCACAUUCCCGGCGUGGUGGAAGUCACGCUGUCCUACAAGUCCAAACAGUUCUGCAAAGGGGCGCCUGGACGCUUCGUCUACACGGCUUUGAACGAGCCCACCAUCGACUACGGCUUCCAGAGGUUACAGAAGGUCAUCCCUCGCCACCCCGGGGACCCCGAGAGGUUACCAAAGGAAGUGCUGUUGAAGCGAGCGGCCGACCUGGUGGAGGCGCUGUACGGGAUGCCGCACAACAACCAGGACAUGAUCCUGAAGCGGGCGGCCGACCUAACGGAGGCGCUGUACGCCGGCGUCCCUCGCGGUCACAACCAGCUGCCGUCGCUGAGCGGCGUGGCGGCGCACUCGGGAAUGAUGGGCAUCAACUCCUUCGGCGGCCAGCUGGCCGCAAACAUCUCGGAGGCGACGCAGGCCGACCAGGGUUACUCGCGCAGCUCCAGCAGCGUUUCUCCUCGCGGUUACGUGCCGAGCUCCACGCCGCAGCAGUCCAACUACAACGGCAUCAACGGCAUCACGUCGUCCAUCAACGGAUACGGCGGCGCCGCCGCCGCCAUGAGCAACCUGGCCGUGCCCGGCUCGCCCGGCUUCAUCAACGGCGCCGGCGCCAACUCCGCGUAUGCCGGCGUGCGUUCAUUCUCUCCUGUGACUAUGGUUUCUGCAGUCAAACAGAAGAGCGCCUUCGCCCCCGUGGUGCGGCCACAGACCUCCCCGCCCCCCACCUGCACCUCCACCAAUGGCAGCAGCCUCCAGGCGAUGGCCGGUCUCAUCGUCCCGCCCAUGUGAGACCCCCGACCGGGCCCCUCCCGCCACUCGGACGCCAUCCGUGCGGACGAGCUCGACGGAUUCCUCUACGCGGCGCUCUGAGCCGCCUCUACUUUGAAGGUCACGUGACUGCGGACGAUGUCAUCUCGGGCGGCUAGGGGGGCU